GCAGCAUUGCUACAAAUUCCCUAUGACUCAGACCAGAGCAGAAAGACAGAAACGAGUGAUGAGCGAUGAGCUCUCAUCUCACUCCAGUCUGCGGCGGCGGCUGCGGUGGCGGAAUCGAUCCUCCGGCGAGGCGAGGUGGUCUUGACUAGAUGCAGGGGGUGUCGUGUACUCGGUUACCCAUUCCUAAGGAAGACGAUGGACUAAAGAGGAGCACAAACUAUUUCUUAUUGGUUUGGAGAAGCUUGGAAGAGGUGAUUGGAAAGGAAUUUCAUGCGAUUUUGUGACUACUAGGUCCCCAGCCCAGGUUGCUAGUCAUGCUCAGAAACAUUAUAUGCGACAAGCUGCAAUUGAUGAUAAGAAGAAAAAUAGGCCGAGUGUGUUUGACCUAUCUCUAAAUGAAGAUGAACUAGCUCCAAAGGAUUCAUUAGUUUCACAUACAGAGAAAAGUGGUAUUGAAAAGGCAUUAAAGGCUAGUAACUCCCAAGCUUUGGCAUUGGUGAACAAUAAUGAGAACCCACUAGAGGCUACUACAGCAUAUCAACAUAAUGUGAAUCGAUCCCCACAUGUUGCCUUGGAUAUUCCACCAAUUGCUCAAAUGCCACCCCCAGUAUUUGGUGCUCCAAAUUAUUGUAGGAGUCCUUCCACGGUGAAUUCCGCCAGUCAAAGUUAUUCAUCUUGGUUGCCUGGAACAUUGCAGAAUUCGGUAUUCCAUCACCACAGGCAUUCCUCGCACCUAGUCAUUCUCGAUUAGGUCGUACUAGGCCUUCAAUGAUUGCAAAAAGCAUACAAUUGGACUACAUCAACCUACAACAAAGUUAUCCUCUCAGACAUCUGCAACCAUUAGAGUGACAUGAAAAUUUUGAUGCAGUGAAACAAUUUUUUUUUUGUGCAUUUUGAUUUAUCAAUUGAUGGCUAUAAUUCUUUUCUUUUUUUCAAUUUUUUUUCGGAGAUAUGAUAGAAAUCUUAUUUAAGAAAUCAAAUAAGCAUAUAGCUGUACUGAGUAUUGACCA